GCCUCCCUCUAAAAAGAUGGCUACCAGUAAUGCAGUACUGGAGAAUGUGAGCGACUUAGCUACUCCUGUGUUGCAUAUUCUAGUGAUUGGAUUUCACCAUCAGAAAGGCUCCACCAUCGAGUUUUCUCACCCGUCCCUACUCCUCACAAGCCAAGUGCAAGAAAGCCUAACAACGUCAAUAACUCAGUCUCCAUGGAGGAACUUGCCCCACUUGGCUCUUCCAGAUGGCUGCCAUAACUUUGAGGAAGAAUCCGUCUUCUUCACACUGCCAGAUCUCGACCAUCCUGGACAAUCUGUUUUUGGAGUGGCUUGCUGUCGACAAAUCGAAGCCAAUAAACUAAAGAAAAUGGACGACGAAAUUACCCGUUCAACCGUGCAGAAAAGCAUCUGUGUGAUCUCCCGUUAUCCAGUGUUUGAGUUCAUUGAAGCGAAACUGAGUCUCGUAACACAUGCUUUCUUCAACGCAAAGGACUUUUCAAAUAUGCAAAUUCUUCGUGAAACAUACAACGAUAUCAACUCAUCUCUGAGCAGUUCGUCGCAAAUCGUGUCUUCCCUUUAUUUGGAUAUAACGCUCGGGGAUGUGAUCACACAGUUUCAGCACAGACUACUACAAAUGUUCAAGGCUCUACUGGUGGGAAAAAGAGUUGUUUUAUUUGCCCCAACCUCGAUCAAAGCCAGCAAAUCCGUCCUCAGCAUUUUAUCGCUGUUCCCAAAGUCACUGGAGAGUUAUACUGGAAUUGAAGUCGAUGAUCUGUUGUCGCUAAAUAUGUUCUCUGUUUCGCAAUCAUUUCAACCGUACCUUUGCCUGCAGCAAAUGGAGGAGCUGAAGAGGCCAUCAUCGUGUGUCCUGGCUGGUGUGGUUAAUCCUCUCUUCGAAAAACAACAGUCCAAAAUAUGCGAUGUUUUCGCUGAUGUGUCCACAGGGAUUGUUGCUGUCCACGACCAUUCACUUAAACCGUGCUUGCACUUGUCAACUGCUGAUUUGCGAUUUUGUAGUAUUUUAUCUGAGACAAUUUGUGAACGAGAAGCGAACCAAUCUGAUUGGCUGGGCAGUAACGAUUGGAUACGGGUCCAAUUUAAACACUAUCUGAUUUCUCUACUAAAGACAUCACUUGAAGGUGAUGAUGCAGCCAAGGAUGAAUUCAACUCUGACUUCAUGCGUGUGUGGUGUGAGAGCCCAGUCUAUAAAUCAUGGCUGCAAAAAAUUGGAAAGGACCGCACCAUUACCACUGAAGAACCUAAGGCUGAAGUGAAAGAUGUGAUGACAAAAGACAUUUUAUCACAAACACUUCCUAUGCACAUGUGCACUGGAGAAUUGUCUAUUAGCGAUUUAAAGAGAAGAUUUUUAGCUCAAGCGAGUGAUUACGGACUUAAUGUUGGGUCGCGAGAAGAAGUGGUUCAGCAGACUCAGGAGGUCAUUGCCGUGACAACAGAGCGUGUAACGGAGGCCGUUAGCCGGGCCUGGACUUCAGCUUCUAAUGCUGUGUAUAAGUGGUGGGGAGGCAGCCAAGAAGAAGACAAUGAUAACUGAGUGAUUGUGUCAUUAUUAAUAUUUGUUGUGCUAAUUAUUGCUAAUAUUAAAGG